ACUGUAAUUCUACACCAGCAUCCAGCGCAAAGACGGGCAGGGCGAAGCUAGACGAACAAAAAAAAAAACAGAGAAAGAAAGAGAGAGGGGAGAGUCCAGCCAUGGGCUUUUUCACUGGGACCUCGAUCAGAAUUUGGAACGGGCAUCUUUCACGGAUUAUAAAUUAACGCGUUUUAAUGAAACGAUGGAUUGCGCCGUGUUCGGAUGAGUCGGGCCGGCGUCCGGAGAAGACCCAGCAAGCUUAAAACGGAGGAAGAGGAUCGUUCGCCAUGUCCCUGUCGACGGUGUUGGCCAAGGCCCUGUUUGAUAAUGUGGCAGAGAGCCCGGAGGAGCUGGCCUUUCGGAAGGGGGACAUCCUGAUGGUGCUGGAGCAGGAGGGUGGGGGUCCCGGCUGGUGGGUGUGUUCCCUGCACGGCCGCCAGGGCAUCGCCCCCGCAAACAGGCUCCGCCUCCUCAACACCGCCACCACGCCCAGCCCCGCCCCCAGCGCAGAGCCCACUUCCUCGGUCUACCUCUCACCUUCCUCCUGCCCCGCCCCCAAUGCAGACUCCGCCCCCUCUGUGUACCUCUCCCCCCGCCCCUCCGCUGAGGAAUCUGUGUACCUCUCCCCUCCCAGUUUGGGUGGGGCAGGGCGCGGAGACGGGCUUCCCCGGGCCCGGUCCAGCUCGGCGUCCCGACCCCGCCCGGACUGGGACGUGGGUGUGACGGGGCGGGCCCGCUCGCCCUCUCUGAAGGGCCGAGGGUCUGAUGCGGGGGUCCCCAAACCCCAGACUGUGUACCAGACCCCGAACCCCCCUGUGCCCCGGGCGGGGCCGGGCUCUGAGGCGGUGUACCUGGCCCCCAGUGGGCUGCCCCGCCCUGUACCUGGAGACACUGGCACUCACUUGGGGCCCCGCGAGGCCCUGGGGGCGGGGCAUCCCGAGGGCUGCUACCUGGUGCCCCGCGUCUCUGCGAUGCCCAGUGAGGAUGUCUAUCAAACCCCCACAGGGGGCGUGGCUGCUGUAGGCCCCUCCCACACCCCUGCCACUGGCUGCCCCGCCUCUGAACUUUCCUGCCCCACAACCCGGAAGAACCACACCCAGCUGCCCUUGACGAACGGGGUGCCCCACAGGAAGGAGGGCGCAGGGCUCUACCAGACCCCCUCUCAACGAGGGGGGGUGCCCAGAACACCUCAGAGCGAUCAUAAACCCCCAGCCGAGCCUGCCUCGCCCUCGCUCAGACACACCCCCUCCUCCGGGUCACAGCCCAAAGGGGUCCCCGCUGUGCCCCCCAACGCUCGGGCCAAGCUUGCCCAGGCCUCCGUGAGGGGGUCCCCCCUCCUGCCCAGGACAGGGCUUGGCAGGGUGCAGGGCUCCCCAAACUUUGCACGCAAGCCUCCACCCCCUGCACCCCCAGUCAGGGGGGUCACCAAAAAGGACACGCCCACAUCCACACCCUCACCUGCAGGGCCCAGGGGUGGGGCCAGAGAGGGGGAGGGACCACAGGGGAGUGAAGUCAGUAAGGAGGAGAGGCAGAAGGAUAGAAGGGUGGAGGAGGAGAAGAAGAAGAAAACAAAGAAGAAAGUGGAGGAGGAGGGAGAGUAUGAAGAGCCAGAUGAUGAGAACAUCAACAACCAGGUUUAUGAUACACCUCCCACCAGUAGGUGGCAGCACACAGCAUCGCCAACCAUCUGUGUGGAUGACAGCAUCUAUAACACUCCUCGUGCCCACCCUGCAAACACUGACCAGGGUUUGGAGGUCUAUGAUGUCCCCACCCUUCCUCUCACCAUGACAUCAGACCUCCAGCAGCAGACCUACAGUAUCCCAGCCUGCCUUGCUGUAGGAGCGGAGGUGGAGGAGGAUGUGUACAGUGUGCCCUCCCUUCCGGGCGAUCUCUCAGCUAGCCCUGGGUUGGGGGAGGAGCCUGGCGAGCUGUACUCUGUCCCAGGUCCCACCCCCCGGGGCCCCCCCGGCUCCUGUGAUGUGCAGGUCCUACCGCAGGAGCCCCAGGAGGGGGCGGAGCCAGACGGCGGUAUUUAUGACAUGCCAGCACCCCCGGCCUCUGCCCGCCGUUCCUCUGUCUCCAGCACCAGCUCUGGGGACGUCCAAUGGAGAUGCUCCCUCUCCGGCCUUAUCCAAUCAGCUCUCAGCUCCAUCUCGCUCACCGCGCCCCCACCACGGGAGCUGGCCGCCUCAUUGACCGAGAUCCUGUCAGUUUGGAAGGCGGGUCAGGAGGGCGACGCCCCGGCCCCGCCCCUUCUGCAGGCCUGGUCCCGCCUCUCUGACCUGCUGCCUGCUCUCGCUGCUUGUGGCCCCGCCCCUCUCUCUGAGGCCCUGCUCUCAUUGGUGCGUCGGGCCCUGGAGGACUCUGCCUCGCUGCUGCAGAUUCAGGCCACCCCCAGCAGGCCCCGCCUCCCUUCCCAGGAUUCCCUGUCUCGCCGGCCGCUGCCAGCGCUGCCUGUUGCCGAGGUGAAGCCGCUAAAUGUGGGCAUGGGGGGCCGCAAGGGCAGCUGGAUCCAGGAGAGGCCCCUCCCGCCCCCGCCCCCUCCCUCUUUCCCCCUGCCCCCGCCCACUUUCGUCCCCACCAGUGGACAGGGGGAUGAGGAGGAGCUGGGAAACGAGUACGCAGGGAUUGGUCUGACCACAGCUCCACCCCCUUUCAAUGGAGGAGACAGUGUGGGAUACGUCAAGCUGCAGGGGAAACCUGACCCCUCCAUGGCCACUACAACAGAGAACGACUCCCCUCCAACUGACCCCCCUACAGCUGAGCAGCGGGCCAGUCCGUCUCCUCCUCUCCCUCUCUCUCUCUCUCUGGAGGACUCUGAGCUGCUCUCCUUCUACUCGUCCCAGAGUCUGUCUCACCUGUCCUGCCUGGCCGACUCCAUCGAUGCCCUCUUCACCAGUGUGCAGGGGAACCAGCCGCCCAGAGUCUUUGUUUCCCGGGGAAAGAGUUUGAUUGUGACGGCCCAUAAGCUGGUCUUCAUUGGGGACACCCUGUCCCGGCUCCUGACCUCCCCGGACCUCAGGGCUAAGGUCACCACCGCAGGAGGGCGGCUAUGUCAGGCUCUAAAAGCUGUCGUUGUGGCAACCAAGGGGGCAGCCCAGAAUUACCCAUCAGUCCCUGCCACGCAGGAAAUGGUGGACCGUGUGGCGGAGCUUUCCCAGCAUGCAGCAGGCUUCUCCGGGCUGCUGCAGCGACUGGCUGAGAUCUCCUGAAGCCUUCUGUUGUUUUGUUCACCGUGUGGCUGAAAGGUUGAGAACUGUGAUGGUACUGUUUAAACCAGUCUAAAUCAGUCAGAUUGUUUGUGUGUGUGUGUGUGUGUGUGUGUGUGUGUGUAUGCAUGUGUGUGUGUGUGUAUGGGUGUGUGUGUGUGUGUGUGUGUGUGUGUCUGUGUGUGUGUGUAUGCACGUGUGUGUUAACUGGUUGGCAGUAGCCAUUUUGCUGGGAUCCUAGCACACUUCAGCUGUCUUAGCAAGUUGUUGGAGGGCCCAUACUUUGGUGUUAUUCCCUAAUGUGAAUUCCUCUGUAUGUUCCUGUGAGUCUCAGAGUCUCAGACUGCUGUGAGUCUCAGGGUCUCAGAGUCUCAGACUGCUGUGAGUCUCAGAGUCUCAGAGUCUCAGACUGCUGUGAGUCUCAGGGUCUCCGAGUCUCAGACUGCUGUGAGUCUCAGGGUCUCAGAGUCUCAGACUGCUGUGGGUCUCAGAGUCUCAGACUGCUGUGAGUCUCAGGGUCUCAGAGUCUCAGACUGCUGUGGGUCUCAGAGUCUCAGACUGCUGUGAGUCUCCCAGCACCCGGUCAUGUGCUGCUGCACACCACUCUUUACACGCUGUGUGUACUAUUAUAAUUGGUGUUAUUGCUGUCACAUAUCUUGUGGAUUUGCCUUAAAAAUAAUAUAAAUAUGCCCCCUCCCCCUCGGAAUAAGGAAGCCCAUGGAGUUUCGACUUAGAGAGAGAGAGAGAGAGAGAGCGAGAGAGAAGGGAGGGAGGGAGGGAGGAACAGAGCGGGAGAGAAUAUGAGAUACAGGUAGUCUUUGAGCCUUUUUAUUUUCUUUCCCACGGUUGUGCCACUAAUUUAAAACCUGUCUGCCAAGUCCCCGUCUUCCUCCUUCCUUCUCUCUCUCUCACACACACACACACACACACACACACACACACACUCACACACACUCAAACACACACACACACCCACCCACACACACACAGACCUGCAGCUGUCAGGUCUCAGCAUGACUUGAGUUCGGUGGUUGAUGUGGGAGUGGCUGGGCGGAAUGCCUCUCUCUGUACUAACUACCAUAAAACCCUCCCUCUCUGUACUAACUACCCUAAAACCUUCCCUCUCUCUGUACUAACUACCCCAAAACCCUCCCUCUCUCUGUACUAACUACCCUAAAACCUUCCCUCUCUGUACUAACUACCCUAAAACCCUCCCUCUCUGUACUAACUACCCUAAAACCUUCCCUCUCUCUGUACUAACUACCAUAAAACCUUCCCUCUCUGUACUAACUACCCUAAAACCCUCCCUCUCUGUACUAACUACCCUAAAACCUUCCCUCUCUCUGUACUAACUACCAUAAAACCUUCCCUCUCUCUGUACUAACUACCCUAAAACCUUCCCUCUCUCUGUACUAACUACCCUAAAACCCUCCCUCUCUGUACUAAAUACCCUAAAACCUUCCCUCUCUCUGUACUAACUACCAUAAAACCUUCCCUCUCUCUGUACUAACUACCCUAAAACCUUCCCUCUCUCUGUACUAACUACCCUAAAACCCUCCCUCUCUGUACUAACUACCCUAAAACCUUCCCUCUCUCUGUACUAACUACCCUAAAACCUUCCCUCUCUCUGUACUAACUACGUUCAUCACAGUUUCUCUGGACUUUUAUUCUCUUCUUUGUGUCGUCGUCUCUAUAGUAACAUCCUUCUCCGUGUAUAUCUUUCCCAUGUUGUGUUAUGGGCGUUCUGCAGUGUCCCCCUACCCCUAUCACUCUCCACAGUGCUGAACCACGCUGGUCUAAAUGCCACAGUGCCAAGUAGUGUUGCCUUAGAGUGCCAUCUGGUGGCUGGCCGUGGAACAGCAGCCCGUGUUGUAUAGCAGUAUUGCAGCUGAUUGCUGUUUUCAGGGUGCCUGACGGCAGUACUUCAUUACCCCUCCCCAAAACUCAGCAGCCUUAUUAAAAAAUAUAUUAUUAUUAUUAUUACUGUCAUCAUUAUUAUUAUUUUUGUUUUGUUGUCGUUAUUAAUAAUAAUAAUAAUAAUAAUAAUAAUAAUAACAAUAAUAAUAAUAGUAGUCAUAAUAAUUAUGGUAAUAAUAAUAAUGGUAAUAAUAAUACUCGCGUCAUUAUCGUACUUCAAUGCAUGGCUUUAAUUUGCUUUGUUCUUCUUUAUAUAUGCACAUGUAACCAGGGAGUUUUCACAUGGCAAAUUUCUUAAUAAUAGUACAGUAAUUUAAGAAUGUUACAGUUUGAAGCUGUAACUUGUUUUGUACCAGAAUGUAUUUUUUGAUGGUUGUUCUCCUGUUUGGUUUUUUUACGCUGUAUUUAAUGUGGGUUUGGUACUGUGUGACUGUUUGAUUGGAGAGCUCUAAGCCUUAGUGUUGGAUGAGUCUCCAUGUCUGUUGAAGUCUUUUCUAAUGUGUUUUGAUGGAUUUGUUUGUUAAACAAUACACUUUGCUUUUUUAAUCUAAAA